UUCUCUCUAUCCUGUCAGUUCUGUUGUGGGCAGGUUGCCAUGACACCGUUCAACAAAUGAAGAGCGGAUAGAGAUGGAGGCUACAGUCUGUUGCUGCAGUCACAAUUAAAUAUCAUACAAUGUCAUCCACUCUUCCUAAAGCGUCCAACUUCCCGUUAGUGGAUAAACUUAUCGAGGAUGAAGCAGAGAGAGAGAUUCUGCUCUCUAAACCUACAUGUUUUAUCAUCCUUGGAAAACCAGGUGUUGGGAAAUCCACUCUUGCCAGAAAAUUAGCCAAGACUUGGAAUUGCAUCCUCAUUGAUGAUACAGAUCUUCUCAACAGCCACAUCAGUAAUGAGACAGAACAAGGUAUACAGCUCUUUAAGAUUCUGGCUGAAGGAAAAGCUGUUCCAGAAGAGAUGAUGGUCAAGUUAAUAGUUGACCGGCUUAAGUCACCUGAUGUAGAACAUUAUGGUUAUGUUCUGGCCUGUUUGCCAUCAAUGUCAGAGGAAUACUUGAAGAUACAGGAACAAAUAGACUUGAUUAAAAGCCUCAGAAUGCCACCAGACUUCAUCAUCAACAUCAAGUGUGCAGACAGGGACCUGAUCCGCAGACUAUCAGAUGAGCGUCAACAUCCAGAGACAGGCCGUGCGUUCCAGAGGGAAAAGUGGGACCCUGAUCUGAAGAAAGAGUCACUCAUGAAAAGCAGCAACAGAGAGAAUGAGGAAGAGGAAGAGGAAGAAACAGAAGAUCUGGAGGAAGAGAUGGAAGAGUUAGAGCUCCAGAAAGACAUGAUCACACAGCUAGUAAGAGUGAGUGAAAAUUACCCAGAGAACACCAACAGCAGGAUCAUGUGCUAUAAGGACACCAUCCUCAGGCCUCUAGAGGAUUACAUGGCAGACCACAAUCCUCCAUUUUUGUUUGAGCUGGAUGGAAACAAGGAUCCAGAGGAUCUCUUUGAGUCAGUAAUGUCUCGUUUGGAGUUCAUGGCUGUGAGAUGUUCAGCUGUACCUGUGCAUUUAAUGCCGACAGAGGAAGCAGAGCUUGCUGAUCAGAUGGACACGGAGGAGCUGUUUCGGACUCUGUCUUCCUGUAGAAAUGUCGCACCAGGCUUUCAUUGGCGAAGGAGUCGAUGGUCUGGCAACUGUCCGGUGGCGCUCAAAGAGGGCAGGAUCGUCAAGGGCAGACCAGAGUUUGCCAUUGGCUUCAUAGAUAAGUUCUACGUCCUGUCAUCUCAGGAAGCCCUGCAGAAGUUCAUGGCAAACCCUCGACGCUACCUGCUGCCACAACCCCACUUGCCUUGCAAGGUGUCUGUGAUCGGCCCGCCAUGCUCAGGAAAGAGCACAGUGAGUGCACUGCUAGCUGAGUAUUAUGGGGCUGUGGUGGUAGAUGUUGAAGCACUGAUGGAGCGUACACUUGGUACGUUCACAAAAGACAUGUUGGACAAAGUGCAUCAAGAUGCCACGCUCGCAGGCUUAGAGAAUGUCAGGACCAAGAUGCAGCUUGAGGCUACAAAUGCAUCAGGUAAUGUUACAACUAAUGAAGGAGAGUCUGGUGAAACUUACACAGAUACACACCCAGUUGGUGAAAUAAGUGAAAAAGCAAUAGAGGUGACAGAAGAUCACCCAGAUGUUCAAGCUUUUGUGGAGGAAGCUGUGAAGAAAGCAGCAGAGUCUCCAGUCACAGCUCCACGGGAGCUUUUUUUGGAGGCCUUUGAGAAGCACAUAAGAGAGAUUGAGGCUGAAGAUGUUGAACAUAAAAGGGGAUGGAUACUGGACAACAUUCCCAGCAGCAGAUCACAGCUGAUCACUAUUGAGGAACUACAUAGUGCUGUAACACCAGAAGUCCUAUUCUGUCUGAAAGACAAUGAUGGAGAGGGAAGGACUGUACUAACCAGGAUGUACGAAUGGAAUAAAGAACAGGUGGAUAGAGCUGUGCUGGCCCGCCUAGAAAAAGAAAGAAAACUGCAGAAGACACAAGACAUCAAUGAGAGACUGAAACACACUGAGGACUCAAAGAAAGGUUCACAGCCUACUGACACCAAGUCCACACUAGAGACACUUCAUGAGGAGUCAGAGAGUUUUGAUAAGUCUGAUGAAGAAGACAAAACUCUAAACGAUGAAGAGAUGGCGCUGCCAACGGUGUGGGAAAAUGGUUAUCCUGACGGCCCAGAGAUGGAGGCUUUUAGUGUGCAGCUGAAGCAAUUUUUGGCGGAUUGGGAAAACAUGGAGCACACAAUCACCUGCAGCUACGCUAUACUGGACAUCAGCAACAAAACGCCUCAGGACACACUCCAAGAGAUGAUUUACCAUAUGGAGAAGCCAUUUAAGUACACAGCUAUGAGCAUAUCUAGUGCAGACCUGGAGGAGGAGGAAGAGGCCCUACAUGCGCUGACACAGGCUGAGAAACGAGAUGUUAAUGAAGAGGAGGAACAAGAAUCAGAGGAGGAUACCAGCUUUAAGAGGCACCUGGGAGAUUCCAAGCAUUUUUGUCCAGUGGUGCUGAAGGAGAGGGGUAUGCUACAACCGUGUCUGGACGAAUAUGCUGCAAAGUACAGAGAAAAAGUCUAUUAUUUCUCAAGCACAGAGGCACAAGAAAGGUUCCUACAGAAUCCUGAACUCUACAUCUCUAACACACAACUACUAAAGCCACCUGCGCUGCGGGUCUUCAUGCUAGGAGUGAGAGGUUCUGGGAAGACCAUACAUGGGAAGUGGCUUGCAGAGCAGCUGGGAGUCUUUCACAUCCAGUUCCGAGAGCGGCUGCAGGAGCUCAUUUUACGGAAGACCCAGAAACAAGUGUCAUAUGCAGAUGAUACUGAACCCCCUGAGGAACCUCCAGAGGAGCUGCAGGGCCUGCUGGAGGCUCAGGCCCAGGGUCAGACCACAGUGUCCCCUCCAGACCAGGACAACAAGCCAGGUCAUGAGGAUACUGCAUCUGAUAAUCCUGACACAAAGGAAGAACAAGCACUUACUGACGAUGAGGAGGCCAUAAAGGCAUACCUGCAGGAUGGAGAUCCUCUCCCUCUGGAGAUACUGGAAAUGGUUUUAUCACAGUGGUGGAACCAGGAGCCCUACAAAUCAACAGGGUUUAUUCUGGAGGGAUUUCCCCAAAAUCAAGAGGAGGUGUCCUUCAUGGUGGAGCAUCACUUGUUUCCAGAUGUAGUGGCAAAGAUGUCGGUAGAGGUUUCUGACGUGGUGCGGCGUCUCCUGCCUUCGCGGCUCACACGUUGGAGAGAGAGACGAGACCGCAGGCAAGAACAGUUGCGUCUCGUCAUUAAGCUGAGGAGGGAACUCAGGGAGCGGGCCAUCACACAGAGAAGAGCUGAGCUUAUGGCUGAACAUGCACCCAAAAAACCCAGCCCACUCACUCUGAGGCCCCUCAAAGAACAGGAUGAGCAUGACGAGGAGGUACAAGAAGAAUCAGAGGCGAUGGACGAAGAGCAGCAGGAAUUGGAGGAGAUGGAGGCCAUGCUGCUGGAGGAGUUUCCUGCUGUGGAGGAAGAGGCAGAGGAUGAAGAAACAGAAGCUGGUGCAGAAGAGAGGCUGGAAAUGGAGAUCAGUCAGAGGUUUGAGAAGGAUGACAACAACCUCACCAGUAUGAUGGACUUUCUAACAGACAACCAAAUCCCCCGUCUGGUUGUAAGCGCAGGCCGCUCGCCUCGGAUUGUGAGGUACCAGCUCCUACAGGGAAUCAAACUUCUGAUGGUUAACAGAGAGUCACUGUUUCAAAUGUGCCAGCCAAUCAGCUACAGUCUCGCCAGAAGCCUCCUGUACAGAUCCUUUAAAUAUCCCAGUGCCUUCGGGUGCUGGGAUCCUGUUAAGUAUGCAGAAGGAGAUUUGAUCCAGCCUCUGCAGGGCCCUUUCAACGCCACCUUUCCUGUCAUCCUACACCAAUUCAUCUACUUUUUUGCAUCCAAGGAGACACGCAACACCUUCAUCCUCAACCCAAUUAAAUAUCUUCGUCAACCACAGCCUAACCCUUCCUUUCCCAUCAAACUGGCUAUCAUUGGCCCACCCAAAGCAGGCAAAACCACAGUGGCCCAGGUGUUUGCACGUGAAUAUGGUCUCGCUCGUCUCUCAAUUGGGGAUGCAAUACGUAUGGUGCUCAACAACCAGGCCAAAACGGAGUUGGCUAAUCAAGUGCAAAAGCAUUUGAACCAGGGCUUGACUGUACCUGAUGAACUGGCCAUCCAGUGCCUGGAAGUGGCAGUAAUGAGCCUGGUCUGCAGCACACGUGGUUUUGUGUUGGACGGCUUCCCUGUGACCAAGCAUCAGGCUGAAUUGCUGGAAUCCUGCAGCAUUAUUCCUAUGCUAGUGAUUGAGCUGCAACUGGACACGGCAGAAGUGCUACGGAGAGGCCUGAGGGACAGAGAAAAAAACAACAGGCCUUACCCGAUGCAUGACAGCCCCCAGGUCCAAAACAUUCGCAACUCUUGCUUCAGGCAGGAAGUUGAAGCUGUCAGGCUACACUUUCAUCAACAGUAUCACAACUGGACCCCCGUUGAUGCUCACAAGAGCAAGUGGUGGGUGUGGGAGCGAGUUUUAGAUGAGGUUCACAUCAGCUUGAGACACAUUCAUAAUUACCUGGAAAAGAUUCACAAAGGCCAGGCAGCCUGUAUAGACAGACUGUGCAUUACCCCACGAGAGCUGCAGUCCCGACUAGGGGAGUUUGGGCAGUACUGUCCAGUUAGCUUAGCUCUUCAUCGCCAUCUGGUGGACUGUUCACAUAAUACCUCAUUGGAAUUGGCUGCAGAGUUCAGGGGUCACUUCUACAAAAUGGCCAGCAGGGAAUUUCUAGAGAGAUUUCUGGAGUCCCCGGAACAGUUUGUGGCUCCUGGUUGCCCCUACCCAUUACCUCCUCCUCUACUCCUGCCUCAUAAGCUCAAUGCAGGCCAGGUGAAGAGUAGGUUCCCUCAACAGGUGGAGAUGAAGGGUUUCUGCCCUGUCACUUAUCUGGAUGGUCAGCAGAGGUAUGAGGCCUUGGUGCGUGGAAACACGGAGUAUGCUGUUGAGUACCGAAAUAAGAUCUAUCUCUUUGAGAAUGAAAAGAAACAAGAAAAAUUUCUCCAGUCACCUGAGACUUACUGGGGGCAGAAACUUCCACAUAAACUACCUCCGUUGGAAGAUCCAGUCUCACUAACCUCUUUACCGAACCUGGGCUAUUUGGAACAAAGUGUGGCAGUACCCAUAAUCAAAGCCAUGACUGCUGUUGGUCAACUCAAGCCAAAGUUGCCCUUUCUCAGUGUGAAGAAAUCUGCUAUAUUGUACCUGGCUUUUCAUCUGAAAGCAUUCAACAGCAGAAACCCAGACUAUAUACGUCAGAAGUACAAAAAGAAACUUCAGAAGUUUGAGGAAAGCUGUGAGCUCAUCUCAUACCUGAGUACCACCAUGAAGACAUACAGAUCCCCUCACAACCUGCCCCCUGAUUUUGCACAGAAGCUGGACAGGUUUCUGGCCCUGGAGGAGUCCACCAAAACAGCCUCGGGUCUGAUACAGCUUGGGGGAAGUUAGAACAUAACUUCAAAUAAUAAAAAAAACCUUGAGUCAGACUCAGCACGUCACGAUAUUUGACAGUAUUGGUUGAUGUUACAUUAGUAAAAUUCAUAGAUAUACAUUUUGAGAGGACUUUGUUAAAAUGUUCUUUUCAAUGGACAAUUAAAGAUAUGACUGAGCCCAAUAAAUACAUUUUAAUUGA